AUGAGAGCCAAGUCUCCAACAAAGUCCCCAAAGAUGAUUGCAAAGUCUCAAAAGAUGGGAGCAAAGUCUCCAAUGAGAUCAAGAUCUCCACGGAGAACCAAAUCUCCAAUGAGAUCUAAAUCUCCAAUGAGAUCUUCAGUGAGGCUUCGGAAUUUAACGUCUCAGCUCAAAUCUUCAAGGUGAACAAGAUAUCCAAUGAGAUCCAAAUCUCCAAAGAGAAGAGUCAUGACUCCAAAGACUAGAGCAAAGUCUCCAAGGAGAACCAAAUCUCCAAUGAGAUCCAGGUCUCCAAGGAGAUCCAGGACUCCAAUGAGAUCCAAAUCUCCAAUGAGAUCCGAAUCUCCAAAGAUGGGAGAAAGGUCUCCAAUGAGAUCGAGAUCUCCACGGAGAUCCAAAUCUCCAAUGAGAUCUUCAGUGAGACUUCGGAAUUUAAUGUCUCAGCUCAAAUCUUCAAGGAGAUCAAGAUAUCCAAUGGGAUCCAAAUCUCCAAAGAGAAGAGUAAUGACUCCAAAGACUACAGCAAAGUCUCCAAGGAGAACCAAAUCUCCAAUGAGAUCCAGGUCUACAAGGAGAUCCAGGUCUCCAAGGAGAUCCAGGACUCCAAUGAGAUCCAAAUCUCCAAUGAGAUCCGAAUCUCCAAAGAUGAGAGCCAAGUCU